AUGGAUUCAGGAAAGGGCAUUAGUUCAACUCCAAUAGAUUUGCCACCAAAGCGGUAUGAGGACACUACUGCCGAUAAGGAAGAAGCUCCGCACCGUGCUGUCGCCAUCGCCAUCUACCCCGAAGAGCCGCAUUGCGACGGAUUUCUCAAACGCCGAAGCUCCAGCGGCAGCUGCAGCAGCAUCGAGCGGAUCGGCAAUGGUGUACGGCAGAAUGAUGGUGCUGGUUCCGGUGCUGCCGCCGCUUCACGAGGAGGUGCCACCGCCACCGCUGCCGCCAUCACCGCUGCCGCCACCGCCAUCGUUGCAGCCACUGAUUGCGCCGUCUUGCAGCAGCCGACAUGCGGCCCGAGCAGCGCUGCGCCAGCGGUUAUGACGGCCGUUGACGCCGCCACCGCCACCGCCACCGCCGUCGCCGUCGCCGUCGCCGAUGCCACCGCCAGCAAUGCCAUGUGCGUCAACGAUGUCAUUACCGAUCGUGUGUACGGAGCUACCCGCCAAGUCGCAAGUACGACAAGCAGUACAGGCAGUAACUUUGGUUAUGAAAGCGAGUCGUCUGCGAAUUCCCACGAGUGGUGGGAGCGAUGGCGGCCCCCUUCACGCUGGGCCAAGGCAGCGGCGGCGGCAGCGCCACCGCCGCCGCAGCCGCCGUCACCACCUCAUGGAAACCGACAUCUGCUUCCCAGCGCCUGGUGUGCCGCCGGCACGGGAGGCUUUUGUGGUGGCUGCGGCAAUGGCGGUGGCCCCAGCCACGACGGCGGCAGCGGCGGCGGGGCCAUGUCCCUGUGGCCAGAGCCCGGAUGUCAUGCACCAUUCUGUUCCCCUCGGAGUUGCUGCCGGAUCGCGUGCUUUGCCUCCACACAUGCCCGUGACCGUACAUUCGCUACCGUCGUACCGCCGCUGCAGCUGCAGCUGCAGCUCGCCCCUCAGCCGUACGGCUGCUCACGCAAGGGCUCCGAUGACACUGGCGGCUACGACGGCAAUGGCGGCUGCGCAACUAUCCCUGCAGACAACAGAUGGUGA